AUGGCCGCCACACACGCCACCCACAGACAGUCGUGGGAUUCUCUUUCCUCCACCUUCGCCCACCUGGAAGUGUCCUUCUCACAUGACAGUUGCUACGGUUCUGAUGAAGUGUCUGUCUCUUCCAACAAUCCCGCUCCCCUGCAGUCCAGUGUCGAGACCUUUAUCGACAAACGCGCCACAACUAUCCACCCGUUCUUGAAGUCGAUCUUGAAGAACUCCACUUCCGACAUCCAUGACGAAGUCGAUGACACUGAAUCAGAGUCCGGCUACGGCUCGGACGAUAUUGAAUUUGAUUACGAUGCCCUCUCGGAGGAUGAUGAAGAUGAGGACGAUGAUGACGACAUGUCCGAUUUUUCUAUCUGGGAGGAGACAUCGGGGGAUGUUCCUGAGACGCGGGAGGACCGCACUGACACUUUCGACGAUGUUUUUAUCGGAUUUGAGGCUUCCGUGCGAUUUGCUCCCCAAAUCGAAUACAUCGAAAACCCUGCUUGUGCAGAGGACGACGAGACUCCUGAGACCGAGAUGACAUGUCAUGAGAUGAUGAUGCUCGCCCUUCAAUCCGGAUCGGCGAGCUCUUCAUUCCAUUCCGAGGACGAGAGUGACAACGAGGAUGACAGCGCUCACCCCCACCGCGAGUUCAUCCGCAGUGGUGCCAACCAUCCCGAAGAAUUCACUCGCGAUGCGGUCGACGUAGAUCGCCAGCUGUUUGUUGCGUACAUGAACGGUAUGCACGGGAUUGCCGACGCCAAAUACAAGUCAUACAUUCACACCCAGGCCGACAAUAUCAGAUUGGGCCAAGAAACCGAGUCCAUGCAUCCGGACGACGCACCUUGCAUGUACCUUGACUCGAUCCAGACUCAUGUCAUCGGUGUCUUCCGCAACCUCCUCUCCGUGGCUGAGCUGGACGACCUCGUCGGUCUCCGCAAGCAAGAUAUCGCCGUCGAGCAGGCCGCUGCCGGCUCACUCGAGCCGCCCCAGAACCAUCAUCGAGUCCUUCUUAACAAAGUCGAGCACUUCCUCCUGGACCGUCUGACCAACGGUCGAGUCGAUGUAUGUCCGGACGAAAUGAGCUUUCUGGCCGGCGGCAUCGUCCAAGCGCUCGGCACGCAGGACCUUCCUGCCUCGAUUUAG